AUGGACGACGCGAGUUUCCUUACGAAUCAACCAGUCGUCAUCGACAACGGCUCAGGUGUAAUCAAAGCUGGCUUCGCAGGCGAGGACCAGCCAAAGUGCUUCUUUCCUUCAUAUGUCGGUCGACCGAAACAUACGCGUAUCAUGGCUGGCGCGGUGGAGGGUGAUACAUUCGUCGGCCCAAAAGCGCAGGAAUUGCGGGGGUUGCUGAAAGUGAAAUACCCGCUGGAACACGGCGUAGUGACCGAUUGGGAUGAUAUGGAGCGGAUAUGGCAAUACCUAUACUCAGAGGAACUCAAAGUCCUCCCAGAAGAGCAUCCAGUCCUCCUAACAGAAGCCCCCCUAAACCCCCGACAAAACCGUACAACGAUGGCCCAAAUCCUCUUCGAAUCAUUUAACGUCCCAGCCCUCUACACCUCAAUCCAAGCCGUCCUAGCCCUCUACGCGUCCGGCCGCACAACCGGCCUCGUUCUCGACUCCGGCGACGGUGUCACGCACUCUGUCCCAGUCUACGAAGGAUUCGCCCUCACAUCCGGAAUCCAACGGAUGGAUCUCGCUGGCCGCGACGUAACGGAAUAUUUACAACUGUUGAUGAGGAAGGGUGGGUACAGGAUGGAGACGAGUGCGGAGAAGGAGAUUGUGAGGGGGGUUAAGGAGAAGAUGUGCUUUUUGAGUGUGGAGCCGAGGAGGGAGGAGAAGGAGUGGGUUGCGGCGGAGAAAACUGCGAGGACGGCGGGGGGUGGGGGGAAGCAGCUUGGGGAGGAGUAUAGGUUGCCGGAUGGGCAGUCGAUACGGCUCGGCGCCGAACGCUUCCGCGCCCCAGAAAUCCUCUUCGACCCCUCCCUCCUCUCCCUCGAAUCCCCCCCCCUCCCAACCCUCCUCACAAACUCCCUCUCCCUCUCCGACCUCGACCUCCGCCCCACCCUCUCCUCCAACAUCAUCCUAUCCGGCGGCACAACCCUCCUCCGCAACUUUGGUGACCGCCUUCUGAACGAACUAAAGACACGGUUACCGAAGGAUAGUAAGAUUAAGAUUUAUGCGCCGCCGGAGAGGGUUUGGAGUACGUGGAUUGGGGGGAGUAUUUUGGGGAGUUUGAGUACGUGGAGGAGGAUGUGGGUUAGUGCGGAGGAGUAUGGGGAGGAUCCGGAGUGUAUUCAUAGGAAGUGGGCGUAG